AUGGAGAAAGGAGAAGCAGGAAUGAAUUCCAUUCGCAUUUUGGAAAGGCCAAGUGCUAAGAAAGUCGCCGAACCAUACCCUCCACCAUUCACAUCCAUGCUAAGUCACCAAUCAUGCUCCGCACCUAUUAUCCAUACAUGA